GCUCUUCCCUCCGUUCGUCAACGUCUUUCGAAACGUCGCGUGUUUACCACCGAUAAUACAACGAGUCGGUGCGCGAGUGCGCGAGUGCGCAAUUUUUCCUCCAGUGCUUGCUCUUUUCGAACCGGAGCAAAAGAAAACAUAGUCUACUACGGCGGUAGGGACAAAGGUGCGCGUGCCUGUGCGUGUGUGCGUGUGCGCACAGUGGAAAAAGUACUCGUUCAACGUGAACGUAAAACUCGGUGCAAUCGCGUGACAAAGAUCGAGGCGCGUGGAACACGUACACACGCGCGCCACGCAUAGACGUAACGACGAUGCAAUCGCUUCGUUUCAAUCCGUGAUAUAUUAGUAACGACGACGACGAAGGUGCACUCGUGUAUUCGGUUUAUCGCUGUAGAUGCGGCGCGGCGCGGCACGGCACGGCACGGCACGGCGCGGUGUUGCGAUAAUCGAGAGGUUGAUUCAGACGGUGCGUCACGUCGAUUAAAAUCGAUGGAUGCUCGGAAGGUAGGUGUGUAAAUAUACAGGAGAGAAAGAGAAAAAAAUGCAGCUGGCAGCGACGCAGAGGCCUCACCCACCGCCGGUACCGCCGCGACCGAGUCGGCAGGUGGUCGCGGAGGCCCUUAAAAGAUCUCCAAGGCCGCCCUGUCCCACCAGGCAGGCCCCGCCACCGCCCAACACGAAACCGUGGAGAUCGGAUCGGGAACAGGUGUGCCCGGCCCCUGGCAGAACGGUCGUCUACGAGUCGAUCAAGGAGUCGGUGCCACCGCCGAAGGAAAUCGGCCUCCUCGAGCCCGCUCCUCUUCGAGCCGGCGCGAGUGAAAGGCGCGCGGCGGACGAGCACGAUCGGCGUGGAAAUCCGCGGGAAAGGCGGCACCGUGCCGCGGCUGAUCAGGAACAUCGGGCAAAUUCCAGCGAAUCGAGCGAUGCCGUUUCUUUCACCGCGUCUCUACACCACCUGCACCAUCGCCACCAACAGCAACGUUCGACUUCGCACCAAGGGGAUUCCACCGCGGUGCUCGAACAUGCCCUGUCCAGCCUCGCCGACGAUCUACGCAUCGACGCGAACCAACGUCUCGACGACGAUAUCGACGAACCUUCGCCGACUACCGAAUCCUCCGUGAACGCUGCGGUGGACAGAAUCGCGAGAGAAGACGCCGCCGAGUCCGUUUCGAGCGUCGACCGUGCCACGGUGGUGGUUGUGGACGAAACAGACCGUAAAGGAGGAUCGAACGAGCAAGACGACCACAGGGACAGGGACAAAGACAACGACAACGACAACGACAACGACAACGAGAAUAUUCAUCGACAAGAUUGGUUGGAAGCCGGUGUUCGGUAUUCGUCCACGCAGAUCAGGCUGUCCGGCGAGGACGACAACAUUCUCGAGGAGGAUCGAGUGAUCAACGGGGGGCUCGAUCGUUGCGAGAACGAGAAAGUCGGCGAUCCUAAUGUCCCGAGGUAG